UUUAAUCGGGUGCGCGCGCGCGCUCGGCCCCGCCGGAGUCUCCGGAGCGGGAGCAGGAUGGAGCCCCCGCGCGCGCCCGCGAUGCUGCUGCUGCUGCUGCUGCUGCUGCUGCCUGUGCUGCUGCCGCUGCCCCCCUGUGCCUGGGGCAAGUACGUGCGGGGCAACCUCAGCUCCAAAGAGGACUGGGUAUUCCUGACAAGAUUCUGCUUCCUCUCUGACUAUGGCCGGCUGGACUUCAGGUUCAGAUAUCCCGAGGCCAAGUGCUGUGAGAACAUCCUCCUGUACUUUGACGACCCUUCCCAGUGGCCCGCAGUAUACAAGGCCCAAGACAAGGACUGCUUGGCCAAAGAGGCGGUGAUUCGGCCUGAGAACAACCAGGUGAUCAACCUCACUACCCAGUACCCCUGGUCGGGCUGUCAAGUGGUGUCCGAGGGGGGCGUCCGCUACCUCAGCUGCUCCAGCGGACGCAGCUUCCGCUCAGUGCGCGAGAGAUGGUGGUACAUCGCCCUCAGCAAGUGCGGGGGGGAUGGGCUGCAGCUGGAGUAUGAGAUGGUGCUGACCAACGGGAAAUCCUUCUGGACCCGACACUUCUCUGCCGACGAGUUUGGGAUCCUGGAGACAGACGCGACCUUCCUCCUCAUCUUCACCCUCAUCUUCCUCCUCUCCUGCUACUUUGGUUACUUGCUGAAAGGCCGACAGCUGCUUCACACAACCUACAAGAUGUUCAUGGCGGCAGCAGGAGUGGAAGUCCUCAGCCUCCUGUUUUUCUGCAUAUAUUGGGGUCAAUAUGCCAGCAAUGGCAUCGGCAAUGAGAGCCUGAAGAUCGUGGCCAAACUACUGUUUUCGGUCAGCUUCCUCAUCUUCCUACUGAUGCUGAUCCUGCUGGGAAAAGGCUUCACCGUGACUCGGGGCCGGAUCAGCCAUUCAGGCUCUGUGAAGCUCUCCGUCUACAUGACACUGUACACACUUACACACGUGGUUCUCCUUAUCUAUGAGGCCGAGUUCUUUGACCCUGGGCAGGUGCUGUACACCUAUGAGUCUCCGGCCGGUUAUGGGCUCAUCGGCCUCCAGGUGGCCGCCUACGUGUGGUUCUGUUACGCUGUGCUGGUGUCCCUGAGGCACUUCCCUGAGAAACAGCCAUUCUAUGGGCCCUUCUUUGCUGCCUACACACUCUGGUUUUUUGCUGUCCCUGUCAUGGCCCUCAUUGCUAACUUUGGCAUCCCCAAAUGGGCUCGAGAGAAAAUCGUCAAUGGCAUCCAGCUGGGCAUUCACCUCUAUGCACAUGGGGUAUUCCUGAUCAUGACGAGGCCUUCAGCUGCCAACAAGAAUUUCCCCUACCAUGUGCGAACUUCCCAGAUUGCUUCAGCUGGGGGACCUGGGCCAGAAGGGGCCCCGUCAGACAAGUCCUUCCCUCAGCAUGUCUAUGGAAAUGUGACUUUCAUCAGUGACUCCGUCCCCAACUUCACGGAACUCUUCUCCAUCCCUUCAGCAUCAGGGGCCAGCGCUGGGAAGCAGGUGGAGGAGACAGCGGCAGCAGAGCCUCCAAGGGGCCGGGUGGUGACCACGGCCAAGCAGGCCUCUCCACCCCCGGCCCCCGGUGGGGAGGGCCUGCCGCCCCCUUAUCAGCUUCAUGCCCCCCAGAUUCACAGGCCCCACCCUGGCUUUCCUGAGUACUUCAGCGUCCACACCGGUGCUGGGGCUAUGCCCCCCAUCUGAGGGCUGGCACCCCACUUAGCGUGCCCAUAUACACACGCAACCCUGAGAGGUUUUAGGAGGGUGGGGGUUGGCCCAGCCUGAGUCCUGGGACCCACCGGGCCUUGAUGGUCAGCAGCUUCCUUCCCCACCCCACACCCAAUUCACUACCCCCAACCCCCUCAUUUUGUGCCAAAUGG